UAUUGUAAACAGGUGACAGGUAUAGUCCCUUUCGUCGUGUCCUUCUUAUCUUACCGCCGGUACUCCCCUUGAUGGGGUGUAUAAAAAGAGAAUAGAAGAUGACGCGAGGCUGAGUGAGUUUAACGGGAAGAUGCUCCUCGUCAGUGUGCCUGUGCUCCUUCUGCUUUCGGUAUUCGGUAAAGAUGCGGCUGACCUCCCCGCGACAGACGCGUCGUUUCUUCCGGACCUGGGGCUGCGUAGCGGGGGACAACCCGGUCCGUCGCUACCCGCUUCUCCGACCACCUCUCUAGACCGCUUCCAGGUUCAGCCCCGGGAGGAGUAUGCCUCGCCGGGUAUUGCCUUGGCCCGGUCCGCCGAGGAACCGUCCGCGACCACGGAGGACGGCGGGGAGUCGCACCGCCACGGCGGGGGGUUUCAGAUGGUGCAGUGGGAAUGGAGCUACGUUCAGACGCCUUACAUUAUCGCUAUAUGGAUCCUGGUGGCGAGUGUCGCGAAAAUCCUGUUCCACUUCUCCCAGCGUUUCACCACGGUGGUCCCAGAGAGCUGUAUGUUGAUCUUACUGGGCCUGGUACUGGGUGGCAUCGUACUGCUGACCAGUAAGAAACAGCUGUACCAGCUAGAGCCUGGCCUCUUCUUCCUCUUCCUCCUGCCCACCAUCGUAGGUGACGCUGGGUAUUUCAUGCCCGCGAGGCUCUUCUUUGACAAUCUGGGAGCCAUCUUACUGUAUGCUGUGGUGGGAACUCUCUGGAAUGCCUUCUGUACAGGUUUCUGCCUCUACGGGGUCAAACUGCUGGGGGUCAUAGGGGUCAGAGGUGAGUCGAACUUCUGGGGGUCAGAGGUGAGUCGAACUGCUGGGGGUCAGAGGGUUCAAUCUGUGGAGGAGAGAAACAAAGUCAUGACUGAGACAUGGAACCAGCUCCAAGAGCAUGCCGCCAUGGUGCUCUUACAGAACUGA